AUGCCGGCCGUCGAACCCCCCGUCGUGUCUUCAGAGCCCGGUCUUGUCAAGAUGGAAGACCGGAAGAGGCCCGCUGCGGACAACAAUGAAUCGGCUCCGCCGUUAAAGAAACAGGCUACCAGCGUUAACGGUAGUAGCAAGCCUCAUCCUGAUGCCGAUAUGCCAUGGAAAGAUGAUUUGGAGCGAUUCCAAAAAGAAGCGAUUUUGCGCCAGAUGCAAGAAUAUAAGCGGGAGAAAUCCUCACUGGAAUCACGUUUGAGCCAGAUGUCAAAGGCUGCCACGUUUCACAACGAUCAUCUUCGUGUUAUCGAUUUGUGGUUCAAACAGUUAAUUGAUGAAGUGAAAUUACUGCUUGGAUCAUCUGAAGCAGAAGGCCAAGAAACCUCUUUUAAAAGCUCCUUACAGUUUGAAGACGUUGAAGAGUUCGAGACGCAUCUGAAAUCGCGGUCGGAGGAUAUUCGCGCAAUAAUUUCUCAAGUUCAGUCUAAGUCUAAUGAUGCGCCUACCGAGAUUUCAGAGGUACAGACUCGCCUUGCAAAGAAGUUGGCCGAGGAAAAAGUAGCGAUCGCCGAACUCGAAAAAACCCUAGCCGAAAAGCAACAGUUGGAGGAAAGCCUCGAGGAAGCCUCCCUGCGAUAUCUGGUAGCCGAAAAGAAACUCGAUCGCGCGAAGAGUCUGACUGUUGCAAAAUUGGAAAAGCAGCAGUCUAUGGGUAUUCAACGACCUGGGGAAACGGCACAAUCCAAGCGCGAAGAAUCGUCCCCCGCAAAUGGAGGAACCCCCGCCGGAGACCGCAACCCCGAGUUGGAAGAAGCUAAUAACAAGCUCACUGCAAUUUCGGAGAAACAAAAGGAGCAAGUGCGGAAACUGGAAGCCGAAAAUGCCAGCCUGCUAGGCCAAAUUACCGAAAUCAAAGUCAAGUCUUCAAAGUUUACCGAUGAUGAUUACGCCCACACGGAUCUGUUUAAACACCUUCGAUCACAAUACGACGAUGUAGUUAAGCGAAUCAACCACCUGGAAGCGACAAAUGUUCAACUUCGUGAGGAAGCAGAGAAAUACCGAUCGGAACGAACCGCAUACAAAAUCCAGGUGGAAGACGAAACACAAAGUACGAUUGCCGAGAAAGAAGCCCAGUUGAUGAGGGCUGAAACGGACCUUGCCCGCAUACGGAAUGCCCGCGACGAACUUCUGGCCGACCAGCAGAUGCGAAAGGCCGCGCAAGAUCAGAAGAAGACUUCUAGUCUGAAAUUGCAAGAACUGGCAGACGCUAGAGAGGCUCGAAUCACAGCCUUAGAAUCGGAAAGUCAAAGGUUGCGACUGCAGAUUGAGGGCUCCAAGUCCGACGACAAUAUCAACGAUAUGCCGCUGGAGGAGCUUCGCGCCAAGUACACCAGCCUGGAACGCCAAUACUCCAUGCUCAACACCGAGUUGACGUCGAUGCAGACGGCCUACACGAAGUUUGCUACUCUCGCAUCGCAGAAAGUUACUGACUUUGGGGCUAUGGAGGAGAAGGUUGCAAGACUGACGGCGGAGAAAUCUAAAGCAGAUCAAAAAUUCUUUGCUGCAAUGAAAAGCAAAGAAGCACGUGAUGUCGAAGUCCGAACGCUCCGAAUGCAAAGCUCCAAGACGUCAGAUAUUGUGGCCCAGCUGAAGGAAUCCGAAGCAACCACCCGGUCAUUGGUGUCCAACAUGGACAAGCAAGCCAGUGAGACUAAGGAGGCACUAAAUGCAGCCCUGAGCAAGCACCGCGCCAUUCAGCAGCAGCUGACCGAGAGCAACAUCCUCAUGGAAGGCUUGAAGCACCAGGUUGCCGAGCUCAAAGGGCUUUCAUCAUCCAAGGACUCGACACUGGGAAGCACUACUUCUGCUUUGCGGCAAGCCGAGACAGAGGUCGCCGGUUUGAAACAGUCCCUUUCAGAUACCAAGAAGAGUCUGGACAACUGGAAGAACAAGAGUCUUGGCAAUUCGUCUUCGGAAUAUGAAAUGCUACGGACACUUGCACUGUGCACGGUGUGUCGUCGCAAUUUCAAAAACACAGCGAUCAAAACAUGCGGCCAUGUAUUCUGCAAAGAUUGCGUCGAAGAACGUCUCACGUCUCGCUCCCGCAAGUGCCCUAACUGCGGCAAAUCCUUCGGAAGCAACGACCACAUGCAUAUUACCCUCUGA